AUGGCAAACCAACAAACAAAAGCCACUACAAUUUCCUUAUUUCGAAAUCUACUUCGUGAAGUGAAUCGUCAAUUUACGCCAAUAAACAAGAACACAUUAUGGCGUGACGAAUUAUUUCGAGCAUUUCGUGAAAAUCAAAAUGUCCAUGAACGCACAAAAAUUACAAGUUUGAUACGUGAUGCUGAGGAUGUGGUAACUUUUUUGAAAAGUAAACGGAAACAUGGGGAAUUACUUAAACUUUAUAAUCCAUCAAUUAUGCGUCCUAAUGAGAAGCAUAUUGAAAUGACGGCAAAUCGUGUUGGUCUACAAAUGCCUAAUUCGUAUGACGAAAAGACGCACCAAAAUUUAGAAUAA